CUCCGCUUCUAAUCCUUAGGGAUAAUUUCCUCCCUGAGGCCCUGCGAAGGGCAGGGAAUUAUUCAUGGGGUGGAAUUUUUAUUUUUUAUUUAUUUUUAGUCACCCUCCCCCCUACUUUUCCCCUCUAGCUUUUACAAUGUGCCAUGUUCGAGUGAAGCUGGCAUCCCAGGAAUGACGCUGUGGUACCCUGGAGCUGGUGUGGUUUUGGACAAUCAGUUGUCUUUCAAAAUUUGCUUUUUCAGACUUUUUUUCCUUUGGAUCAUGAGAACAUCUAUUUUUGUUAUUCAGUCUGUCCCUUUUGAUAAGUUCUCUUCAGCCAAAGCACUUAUCCCUGGGAGGGUAGAGUUUGAAUGUUAUUACAGCUGUGAAUUUUUUUAUAAAUGUGUAUAUUUUAUAAAUGUUUCAAUACUUCCACUAAUUUUCAGAAAGACUGAUAGCAGUUUAAUUUUCUAUAGCUACAGUGAGUUCGAUUUUAAACUUUUCUAAAGUGCACCGGUUGUAGUUGUGGUUAAGUUAUUGCAACUGAUGUUUUUAGCCUCACUGACAAUUUUUGAAGCUGGAGGGGGUGAUUCUGUUAAUACCAGUGUCUUUAAUACUGAUGUGCAGUUUGUAUAGCCACCUGUAGAUGGUGAUAAUGCUCCGCUCCAUGGCUGGUGGUGCUGGAUCCUGCUGCUCAUCCACCUGAACCAGCGAAUUGCCAGGCUGGAGGAAUUGCAUUUACUGUCCUUCUUAUUUUUAUUUGUCUGAGCAUGUGGGAUAACCUUGAAAUCCUUUCCAUGUGUAAAGCAUCGUGGUGUUGUCUUGCUUAGGAUGCGUCGUGAGUGGACUUGUCCUGAUGCUCAGUAACCUGUAGAAGUGUUAGUCUCUUAUAGUAAGCAAGCAGUGGGUACAGCUUAAGGGAAAAUUCAAGCUCCAUGGAGCUUAUCCAGUUUUCAUCUCCCUCCCACAGCUGGGUUUGUGUGUGUACCUGUUUCCAAAAUCAAAGCCAGGCUUUGCAUGGGAUCCUAGAAUCUCUUGCUAAAGCACAAGCAGUUCAUGUGUAUCUCUGCACAGGGGUUUUUACAGCUUGGUUGUUAGUGGUGAGCUCGGUGCUGGUAAUGAGUUGUGCCUCAGUUCUCAUAUGUGAUUUCACGGUGGUUCUGUGCUGGUCUGAAUUGUGUUUUUCCUUCCUGGCUGCCUGAGUGGAGCCCACCCUGCCUGUGGUAACGUUUGGAUGUACCUGUGCACGAAGAUGCACUGAUAUCAGAGUAAGCAGCAACACUUCUUGGGGUAGAUGAAGAAUGACACACAUGCAGUGUGGCACAGCAAGCCCAGCCCAGAGCAGCAACAAAACUGCUUCUGCGAGAGCUCUGCUCUCCUUGCUCCACUGAACCCCUAGCGCUGCCGGCAGCAGAUGCACCAUGCACAGCACGUUGCGGCUCCCUGUGCUCCUGCUCUGACUCAUCCACCGUCUCCUGCUCCCUUGUUUGCGCCUGUCAUUUUUGUGUCCCCUUAGAAAUGAUCCUGAUGAACAACAACUUCCAUUGUGGGGGGAAGACUUCAGCUGGGCCACUUAGAAAACAGAUUAUUUGCCUUCCCUGGGCAUUUGUCACUGGUGCUGCAGCUUUUCCCGGUGUGGUGGCCAGAGCCGGAGGGCUGCGGUGGUGGAGCUCGGCAUGAGCGGGCUGGUUGUGGUGUCAGGGACAGCUCUGCAGCCCAGCUGGAAGAUGAGCCUCUCGCCUCCCCUCCCUGUGAGGCUUGGCAGGACCUGGGGAGAGGACAGGGUCCAAGUUUGGUGCAGAACAAGAGACCAGAGGGUGCCUGCUGCCUCCUUUCAGGAACAAGGCCAGAUUUGGCAGAACGGCUCUGGCCAGAUCUGUGUCAAGCCCAGCACUUGGGUGCAGGAGAGGUCGGCGGCUGUCUGCCCGUGGGACAGGGGACAGACACGAGGCGGUGGCGGUGACGCCACCGCACAGCUUCCCGCCCAUGACUCCAAUUGCCGGCAGCCAGGAAGUGAGAUCACAGCUCGGGAGGUUUAAGGGAGGCCGGGAGCCUGCGGACACCCAACAGAGCCGGGACCGGCUCCACUCCCACCCUGCCGGGGAUCGCUGACCCAGCGCCAUGGGCCGGUAUUGGCAGUACGUGGCAUGCAAGGUGUGGCAUGAGGGCUGCCAAGAGGAGGAGGAAGAAGAGAAAGAGCCCAGUGCUGGCCCAGGCUGGAGUUUGCCUCUGGUGGGUCAGGAUUACCUGGAAAUCCUCUCUACGUGGUACUGUGGCUUUGGCAAGUGCUGCGAGACAGGAGACUGCAGGAUAGUCAACAAUAUCACAGGGCUGGAAGCAGACCUCAACAGGCAGCUCCACGGGCAACACUUGGCCAAAGAAGUCGUUGUCCAGGCAGUACGAGGGUUCCUGCAGAGCCCACAGCCGCAGAAGGCUCUGGUCCUCUCCUUCCACGGCUGGUCCGGCACAGGCAAGAACUUUGUGGCCCGGAUGUUGGCCAGUCACCUAUACCGGGAUGGGCUGAAGAGCAAGUGUGUCAGGGUGUUCAUCUCGCUCUUCCAUUUCCCCCACCACACAUACGUGGACUCGUACAAGGCUCAGCUGAAGAAGCAGAUAAGUGAGACUGUGCAGCUCUGCAAGCAGUCCCUGUUCAUCUUCGAUGAGGCAGAGAAACUUCACUUCAGCCUCCUGGAUGCCAUCAAGCCCUUCAUGGCCCGGUAUGACAACAAGGACCAGCUGGAUUACCGGAGGUCCAUCUUCCUCUUCCUCAGCAAUCUCGGCGGCAAUGCCAUCAAUGAGGUGGCCCUGGACUUCUGGCGAGCUGGCCAGGCGCGGGAGGAAAUCUCCAUGGAGUUCCUGGAGCAGCGGCUGCGGCUGGAGCUGCUGGAGCCUGCAGAGAACGGUUACGCCAGCAGCCACCUCCUGGAAGAGAACCUCAUUGAUUUCUUUGUGCCGUUCCUGCCCCUGGAGCACCACCACGUGAAGCUCUGCGCGCGGGAUGCUUUCCUGGCCCGUGGGCUUCCAUACACUGAGACAACGCUUGAUGAGGUGGCCAGGAUGAUGGUGUUCGUCCCCAAAGAGGAGAAACUUUUCUCUGCACAGGGCUGCAAAUCUGUAUCCCAGCGCAUCAGUUACUUCCUUCCUUGAACACCAGGUGGGACUGCACUGGUGGUGAAGGUGGUUCUGUGGUGGUGAAGGUGGUUCUGUCCCCUCACACAAGGUCAGGCAAGCAGGUUACCCAGCCCUGGGCUGGCACAGGGACAGAGACUUAACCCCUUGAGGCCCUGAGGGCUCUUUGUGGGGAAGGAGGUGCACCCAGCCCAGCCUUACUUCUGGGAUAUGGGGCAGCCUGUGCUUGGCUGCCUUUGAAGUUUGUCCAGUGUUUAAGUCUCUUCUUCUAGCAGGUAGCAGCCUGAAGCAGAGCUCUGGUUGUGCUGACAGAUGCUUUGACAUGAUCAGGGAUGUCCAAGGCCUUGGUUCGUUACCAUGUAAUGAAGGCCUUGGAUAGACUGGUCCUGUUGAGACAGUCCAGCAGAAGCCACGUCCUCAUCCCUAUCCCCAUGUGUCUCUGCCACUUGACAAAAUUGCACAGAACUGUUAUGCUGGAGCUGAGUGUUUUUUCUCUCCUGCACUCAGGAGGUGUCUGCUGCUCGGGGACGCCUGUGCCAGGAUCGUGCUUUGUGCACGGAAAGAAAAUGACGGAAUGAUCUCCUCUGGAGAUGUCAAAUCCAAAGCUGCUCACUUUGGAGUGUCCCUUUCUCAUUAGAGUCUUUCAUUGUGUGGAAGCAGCUGCGGGCAUGAGGUGAACUUCAGCUGAAAUUCAUUUUCUAAGGUGAAGAGCCUGUUUACUUCACCACAAAAUGAAAAUGGGGAGACUAAUUCCCUUCUCAAGGGCAAAGGACAGUUGAGGAUGGUGGCUGAAGGAACAGGCUACAACUGAAUCUGGGUUUUGAAGGAUGCAGUAAGUGUUUUCUUUUUUUCAGUAUGUUGUGUGGUGUGUUGUUUUGGCUGGUAUCAGCUUUACUACACCAAGGGGCUGUUUGCUGUCUGGGUACUUGCCAGCUGAUAAGUAUGUUGCAGCAGGACCAAAAACAUUUCAACAGUGUUACAGGAAUCACUUUGUGACCUUAAGGUCAAAACUCCCUUCCAACGCAGCGGGGCCGGGCGAUGAGGUGUAACUGCACGUGCCAAGGCCGGGGCUCAGCUCCCCGCACGCCCCGUGGCCGGACCUUGGAUCUAUUUUAGGCUUUGAACCUCGCUGCGGUGCCAGUGAUGAGCAGCACGGCCUCUGGAAAAACACUGACCAGACACAGGUACGAGUCCUGCGGGCUCCGAGUUGGCGCUUCUCUCUGGUCACAUACCGAGGCUUCACAGUCCACAGCAGCUGCUUCCUCACUGCUCAGCUGAUGCAGAGUUAGGCUGAACUUACCUUUAGUCUCAGUGCGUGGAGUUACCAAGCACUUCUGAGACUCAGGUUAUGGUUAAUCUCUUAAUCACAAAUUGUCAAACCUAGAGCUUCAGCCUGGGCAAGAGCAGUGGGAGAUGUGCCCAGGGAAGGCGGGGGGUGAAAAGCCACAGAAAGAUACAAUUCGGGUUGUGUUUCAUAACCUGGGCAAUAAGUUUAGGAAGUUGUUAGUUCAGGUUUAGUUGCUUAGAAGGUUGUAUAAACCAGGAUAACCUGUGAUUAUAUUUUUUUAAACAGUACAGGUAGUUCAGCUGUGCGGGUCAGGCUGAUGCUGAGAGGAAGGGCUUUGUCAGCCAUUCCACGGGCUGGUAUGAAGUUGGCAAGUGAAGCGGUUCUUACUCUGUUACUGAUUAAGGACGUGGUGCUGUUACUAUUGAGGGCAACUGUCAAACCGCUGAUGCAAGACCCUGCGCUCUGCAGGUCACAUGUAUGUUUGAGAAUUACUUGCUUAUGCAACCCCAACAGCAAGAACCGCUCUCCACUGGCCACAGCAACGUUGUUUGAUUUUAGAGUCAUAAAUAAAGAUACUGCUUUGCUUUGCCA